AUGGAUAUCAACGAUUUGAAGAACACGGUCUCCAACCUGACCUUGUAUGACCUCAAGGCAGGCUUUCGGAAGGCUCAGAAUGCUGUUAUGAACUUUACCGAGAUGGAGUCUAAGGUGCGCGAGGCGACGAAUAACGAGCCAUGGGGUGCUUCAACCACCACUAUGCAAGAAAUUGCCAACGGAACCUUUAACUACCAAACCCUUAACGAGAUCAUGCCCAUGAUCUACCGUCGCUUCACCGAGAAGGCUGCCGAGGAGUGGCGCCAAAUCUACAAGGCCCUCCAAUUACUCGAGUUCCUCAUCAAGCACGGUUCCGAGCGCGUGAUCGACGACGCCAGAGGACAUCUUUCGCUUCUUAAGAUGCUCCGCCAAUUUCACUUUAUUGAUCAAAACGGAAAGGACCAGGGCAUCAACGUGCGCAACCGAGCUAAGGAGUUGGCCGACCUUCUGGGCGAUGUUGACCGUAUCCGAACCGAGCGCAAGAAAGCGCGUGCAACAAAGAAUAAGUAUACUGGCGUAGAGGGCGGUGCGACUUUUGGCGGCGGUUUCUCGAGUGGCAGCUCAAGCCGUUAUGGUGGUUUUGGUAGCGAGAGUGCUGGAUAUGGUGGCGGCGGCGCCGGCAGCAGCAGCGGUGCGGGCCCUCGCGACUUUGGCGGAUACUCUGGAGGUGUUUAUGGCGAUGGUGGUGGUUUCGGCGGCCAGACUGAUGACUGGCGAGGAGAUGGCGCUGCUAGUAGAGGUGAACGAUUUGAGGAGUACGAUGAGUUUGACGAGGGCGAGAGACCUGCUGCCAGCUCAUCAAGGGCUGCUGCUAAGCGACCAGAGCGCACUCCCGUUAAGAAGGCUGCUGCCGAGCCACCCAAGAAGAAGGAGCCUGAGGUCGAUCUCUUCUCCUUCGAUGAUCCUGCACCAGCCCCAUCCGCGUCCAACAACUCAGGAUUUGCUGCACUGGCACCUAGCAACUCUACUGCCGCUCCUGCGCAGGCCGACGACGACGAUGAGUUCGACGACUUCCAGGCUGCCCCUGCUCCGGCCGCACCAGCCAGCAACGUUAUGCAGAGUCCUGCCGUGACAUCGUCGGCCUCUACAACUGCUCAAUUCGCAGCACCUCAACCUCAUUCGGCUCCUCAGCAGGCUGAUAUCAGCCAAAUGGUUAGCAUGGCAUCCAUCUCGCCUGCUCCUAGUGCCUCAGGCACUCCUGGACCCAACUACUCUGCCUUCAGCAUCCCCUCUGCUCCUGCUGCCCAGGCUCCUAAGCCCUCUGGUUUCCAGCAAUCUGGCCCCAACUACUUUAGCUCUGUCCAGGCACAGGCAUCUAAGCCUCCCACAACAUCUGCCUUUUCCGGCAUGGGCAGCACUUCCAACGCUACUCCAAACACCCCCACUACGAUGGCCAACAUGAAGCCCGUCGUUAGCUCCUCAGCCAAGCCAGCACCUGCUGCUGGUGGAGAUGCCUUUGGAGCUCUCUGGGGUAAGGCAAGUGGCGGCAUGAAGAAGCCUGAGACACCCAAGGCCGGACCUGCGCUGGGCCAGUUGGCCAAGGAGAAGAGCAGCGCUGGAAUCUGGGGUGCACCGGCACCAGGACCCUCCAGCGGCAGUGCUCCUCCCAAGACCGGUGGCUCUGCCUUUGACGAUCUUUUGGGUUAA